AUGGCUGAGCCUAUUCUGGAUUUUACGCAAACUCCUUGCACAACUUGCGGGCAAAUAUCUACUGUAAAUGAGGAAAUGAUUGCCUGCGAGACGUGCAACAGUUGGCACCAUUUCCGAUGCGUCGGAGUAACUGCUGCCAUUAGAAAGGAGAGAAAGUGGUUUUGCCUGGAAGCCGCCUGUCAGGAAGCGUCUUAUGAAUACCAGAAGGCUAAAGAGGGGAAGAAAACGACCCGUGCUAAGAAGAACGCCGAAGAGUCAGACAAAAGCAGUGUCAAAUCUGACCGCCAAAACGUCCAGACUCUAGAGCAAAAACUAAAGGCCAUGGAAGAGAAGCAGAAGCGGAUAGAGCAGGAGCUGGAAACUGAGUGGCGUCUGAAAGAGAAGGAACUUGCCUUCAAGCGGGCAAUGGAGCAGAAAAAGAUCAUGAUGGAGAAGAAACUACGCGCUCAAGAGGAAGAAGACCAGAGGUUUUUUCAGGAAACCAGGCUGAAAGAGAAGAAGGAGCAUAUAGAUCGGAUGAAAACGAUGCAGCAGUCUUACCACGAUGCGAUGAAAAGUUUAGAUGACGAGUUGAAUGCACUGAAGGUAACCCGCAAUCCAAUGGAAGGUGGUUCAGGGUUAAGCGCAACAACGGGCAUUGUAAAGCUGAGCGAGAAAAAUAUAUCGAAGCUAAGCAACAAAACCGUCGUGGAAGAUGACGAGGACGACAAUGAGGACGAGCAUUUGCUCGAAGACAUAAGUAAUUCAGACGGUAGUUCUGAAUUUUAUGAGACGGUCGGAAAUAACAAGGUCAGUACUAUCUUCAACAAGUCGGAACAAAGAAAAGGAGGUCCAACAAAAAUGCAAAUGUCAGCGAGAAACGGGAUUACUAAGAAGCUUCCUGUGUUUUCUGGUAAGCCAGAGGAAUGGCCGUUAUUUUAUGGAACAUACCAAGCGUCCAACGAAGCAUGCGGAUAUUCGAACAUCGAAAAUUUAGUGAGACUUCAAGAGAGUCUGAAGGGCCCGGCCCUCGAUUUAGUUCGUGGGCAAUUGCUUCUUCCUCAAUCCGUACCAAAGGUCAUAGCAAAGCUUCGACAAUUAUACGGUCGUCCAGAACAACUUCUUCAAAGCCACUUGGAAAAGGUACGGAAAUUAGAACCGCCAAAAUCAAACAAACUGGCUAGCUUUAUUCCGUUCGGCACUGCUGUUGAACAACUUUGUGAACAUUUAGAAGCGGCAGAACUUACGCAACAUUUGGUGAACCCGUUGCUAAUCCAAGACCUUGUAGAUAAACUCCCUGAUGGUGACAAGCGCGAAUGGGUUCGCUACAAAAGGAACAAAGGUGAAGUUACACUGAGAACCCUAACCGAUUUUCUCGCCGAAAUCGUAGCGGAUGCCUGCGAAGCUAAUGUAAAUAUGGAGUUUUUACUGGGGUCCAAAUCGUCAAGUGGCGUUCCGUCUGCGAGAGGAUGGUCGAAGGAAAAAGGAGUGCUGUUCAACCACUGCGAAGCAGAAAGCUCGAACGUGAAGGACCGUAAGACACAAAAACCGUGUAAAGCUUGUCAACGAACGGAUCACCGUUUGCGUUUUUGUCAAGAUUUUAAAACCUUGGAACACGCUGACCGAAUGGAGAUCGUGAACCGAUGGAAGCUGUGUCAUGUUUGCCUCAACGAACAUGGAGGCACACCGUGUAAAUUUAAAAUCCGCUGCAACGUUGGUGAAUGCACGGGACAACACAAUCCGUUAUUGCACCCAAAUGGAGAGGUCUUUGGAACGAGUGCGCACAUAAAUACGAACAACCCAGUUUUGUUUAGAAUGAUCCCGGUAAAAUUGCACUACGGUGACCGAUCAAUAACUCUGCUGGCGUUCUUGGACGAAGGAGCGUCUGUCACUUUGAUGGAGAAGCAGUUGGCAGAUCGACUGGGAGUCGUCGGAGUUCAAGAGAAACUUACCAUAAAGUGGACUGCAGAUAUUACGAGGGUCGAGAAGGGUUCACGGCGAUUGAAUGUAUGGAUCUCUGCUGCAGAUUCUGAUGAAAAGCUGCUACUGAAAACAGUACGGACAGUGGAGAAACUCAUGCUACCGCCACAGUCACUCGAUGCACAAAAGUUGUCUAAUAGGUACGAACACAUGCGUAACCUACCCAUUUCCUCUUACGAUGGUCGACCAGAAAUGCUAAUAGGGCUAAACAAUAUUCAUUCGUUUGCCCCUGUAGAUGUAAAAGUUGGUACGAAUGUAGAACCGAUUGCUGUGCAGUGCAAGCUGGGAUGGACGGUGUAUGGUCCGACAAAGCCAGAUGCAAGCUCUUCGGGACAUUAUCUGGGUUGUCAUCAAGAAGUGACCAACGAAGACAUACAUGAGCUGCUAAAAUGCCAAUAUGCUUUGGAAGAAUCGGUAGUAAAGGUGUCGGAAGACUCUGCAGAAGAGAGAAGAGCGCGAGAAAUACUCGAACGGUCUACUAAGAGGGUUAAUGGGCAUUUCGAAACAGGUCUGUUGUGGAAGUCGGAUGAUCCGCGUUUUCCAGAUAGCUUUCCAAUGGCCUUUCGAAGACUGAAACAACUGGAGAAACAGUUGGCGAAAAAUCCGGAGCUCGAUAUGAACGUCCGCCAGCAAAUUAAGGAGUACCAGCAGAAAGGAUAUGCGCAUCUGGCAACUGCGGAUGAAGUUUCCGGUACCGAACCAUCAAAAACUUGGUACCUUCCCCUCAACGUCGUUUUAAACCCAAAAAAACCUGGAAAAGUCCGUCUUGUUUGGGAUGCAGCUGCGACAGUGCAGGGGGUUUCUCUUAACUCGCAACUUUUAAAGGGACCGGAUAUGCUCGUUCCAUUGGUGACGGUCAUCACCGGUUUUCGAGAGCGUAGGAUUGCGUUUGGAGGCGACUUACGCGAGAUGUACCAUCAGCUGAAGAUAAUAGCCAAAGACAAGCAGGCUCAACGUUUCCUUUUCCGAGAGAAUUCUACGGCAUCACCGAGCAUUUACGUGAUGGACGUAGCCACAUUUGGGUCGACGAGUUCACCAUGUUCCGCGCAAUUUGUGAAAAACAAAAAUGCUGCUGAAUAUGCAGCGCAGUUUCCUGAGGCGGCGGAGGCGAUCAUCCAUCGCCAUUAUGUCGAUGAUUACUUUGAUAGUGUCGACACUGUUGAAGAAGCUAUUCAUCGAGCGAAAGAAGUGAGUUUUGUUCAUUCGAAGGCGGGCUUUGAGAUCAGAAAUUGGGUAUCGAAUUCUCCGGAAUUUCUCCAAAGUCUCGGAGUACAACGACCAACGCAGGAAGUGCACUUCAACCGGGACAAACAGACCGAUAACGAAAGAGUUCUAGGUAUCAUCUGGGAUCCAGAACAAGACGAGUUCUCAUUCUCAACUCAACAACGUGAAGAACUCAAGGCAUAUUUUCAAGGCGACAAGAGGCCAACAAAAAGAAUUGUACUGAGCAGCGUGAUGGGAUUUUUCGACCCGUUGGGGCUGCUAUCUCAAUUCACCAUUCACGGGAAAAUUAUAAUUCAACAUUUGUGGCGAUCCGGUUGUGAUUGGGAUGAUCAGAUUAGCGAUGAUUGCUGGGGAAUGUGGAAGCGUUGGAUUGGUCUGCUGCCUAAAGUGGACAUGAUUCGUAUUCCGCGUUGUUAUCUCGGUGAUGCGAUGCUCUCUUCGGUCGACUCGUUGGAGGUUCACAUUUUCUCCGAUGCUAGUGAACACGCAUAUGGCUGUGUAGCAUACUUGCGGGCCGUCAUCAAUGGAAAGGUUAGGUGUACACUGGCAAUGUCCCGUUCUAAGGUCGCUCCACUAAAACGACAAUCAAUUCCACGCUUAGAACUAAUGGCGGCACUUCUCGCUGCUCGGAUGAAACAAACGAUUUUAGCUACCCACAGUCUCAAAAUCUCUCGUUGCAUUCUGUGGACAGAUUCUCGAACUGUUUGCAGUUGGAUCCGAGCUGAUCAACAUAAAUACAAACAGUUCAUCGCCUUUAGAGUAGGAGAGAUUCUAGAGUCGACAAAGGUAACCGACUGGCGUUGGAUUCCGUCAAAAUUAAAUUUGGCCGACGUAUUAACAAAAUGGGGUCUGGGCCCACCACUCGAAAGUGAUGGAGAAUGGUUCAACGCCCAAGCCUUUUUAUAUCAGCAUGAGGAUCAAUGGCCAUCGCAGGACAUGUUCGUUGAAGAUACCGACGAAGAAGCAAGAGGUGUCGUUUUAUUCCACGGAUUGAUCGAUGCUCAAGCCAGUUCGCGUUGGAUGACAAUAGUAAGAGUAACCGCGAAUGUAUUGCGUUUCAUAACGAACUGUAAACGUAAGAGAGAUGGUCUAGCUAUACUAACCUCAAAGGCUACGGAGAACCAGAGACGACUGAUCAAGUCCGAGAUUCGCACAACACAACGACCAUUUCAGAAAGAAGAGUUCAUAAAAGCAGAAAAUAUUCUCUGGAAACAGAUACAGUUUGAAAAUUAUGGCGAUGAAAUGAGUGCGCUGAUGAAAAAUAUGGAAGCUAAACCAGGGCAGCCGUUAGAGAAGAUUAAAAAAUCAAGCUGUAUCUAUAAGCUAACGCCUGUGAUAGAUGAAGAAGGAGUACUAAGAAUGGGCGGAAGAAUGGGAAAAUCUAAAACGAUUCCCUUUGAUAAAAAAUAUCCGUCUCGGAAGCAUGAAGUAACGAAGAAGCUGAUUCAGUUCUAUCACGAGAAAUAUGGACACGCUAAUCGUGAGACUGUUUUCAACGAGUUGAGGCAAAAAUUCUGGAUUCCUAAUCUACGGGCCGCUAUUCUACAAGUAAUGCACGAGUGCAUGUGGUGUAAAGUGAAGCGAUGUCGUCCGCAUGCGCCAAUAAUGGCUCCACUUCCGGUACAGAGGAAAACGUCGUGUUUACGCCCGUUUAGCUCCGUAGGAGUAGAUUAUUUGGGACCUGUUGAGGUGACAAUCGGACGAAGGAAAGAGAAACGAUGGGUGGCAGUUUUCACUUGUUUAGCUGUAAGAGCGGUUCAUUUAGAGGUGAUACACAGUCUCACAACGCAGUCUUGUUUGAUGGCCAUCAGGAGAUUUGCUUGUAAACGUGGUAUGCCGGACGAGAUAUUUUCAGACAAUGCGACAUGUUUCAAGGGAGCUGAUAGUGAGAUGCAAAGGAUAAAGAAACUAAUCGGAAGCAGAUGUGCAGAAAAAAUAUCAAGUUCCACGACGACCUGGCACUUCAACUCUCCUGGUGCUCCUCAUAUGGGUGGAAUCUGGGAGAGGAUGGUGAGAUCGGUCAAGGAGGCAAUGACCGGAUUGAACUACGGAAGGUCGCUGACGGAUGAAAUCCUGACGACAGCACUAGCGGAAGCGGAGGAUAUGAUAAAUACUCGCCCGCUAACAUACGUUCCACAAGAGUCGGCAGAAGCGGAAUCACUUACUCCGAAUCAUUUCCUGCGAGGUUCGGUGACAAGCGCAGACCUGGAAAUUGAUGACUCGGUGGACUUCGCGGAUGCCCUAAGAGACGUUUAUAAACGCUCCCAGUACCGUAUGUGGGAAAGAUGGUACAAAGAAUAUCUACCGACAAUUAAUCAACGUUCAAAAUGGUUUGAAGAGCAACGGCCGUUGCAAACUGGCGAUCUGGUGUUUGUGGUUGAUGGAAAGAAUCGUAAACAAUGGAUUAGAGGUAUUGUGGAAAACGUAUUGAAAGGAUCCGAUGGGAAGAUCAGGCAGGCUAUGGUGAGGACCUCGGGUGGAGUCUACAGGCGUGCCGUGGCAAAUCUUGCGGUUCUCGAAAUUCAAAGUGGUAACUCCGGAAAUGCUGAGGACAAUACCGGAUGUUACGGGCAGGGGUAUGUUACCACCGCUGGGCAGCCCGAGAAUGCAAGUGGUGUUUCCCCCGGUCAAUGCGAGUUGACAGUUGAUGCGCAAGUUGUUGAUAAUUAG